GGAUAUUUGUCAGUGUUACACCAGAUACUCGUUAAUAAAUAUCCAGAAUGAUUGUAAUAAAAAAUCUGAGUUUAUAUUUCGUUAAAAGUAUCGUGCUUCUGUAUUUUAUCAAGAACUGUACAGCCGCCACUAGAAUUAUGUUUAAAAGAUGCGGUUUGGAUGGAUUUACUUGUAAAACUAAUGCAAACAAAAAAUCUGAUAUCUACUACGAAUGUCCUAAGACAAGCACCGACAUCCUCAUAUACAUCAACCAAAUGGGAACAGCGACAACAACUGAAAAAAUCAGCAUAAACAACUGUGAAAAAGUCACCAUUAAUAUGGGAUGCCCUAAACAAAACCCCUAUUUACUGUACCUUCAGAUAACUAACGUCGAAAAAUUAUCCUUUCUUAGGACCAAGGUCGAUUCGGUAGUACCACCGAAAGUCACACUGGAAAACAUCACUCAUAUCGAUACUAUACCAUUUCACACUUUCGCCCAAGUGGACAAGACAUAUUCCACAGCAAGUUGCACAGUACCAACCACAGAUUUCGAAAGUUUGCACAUAAAAAACGUUAAUAUAGACACGGUAGAAACUGGUGCUUUUGUGGGAUUGAACAAUUUCAAAAAUAUCACCCUGUACAACGUAUCAAUAAAGAAAAUACAAACCAAAGGCAUGUCAUUUCGACAGAAUCCUUUAGCCGAGUUUGAAAUUAUGAAUUCUAGUAUAAACGUCAUUGAAGAUAUGGGAAUUCAAAUUUAUACAGACAGGGCAAUAAUUUCAAAGAAUGAGUUUAGUGAAAUUUAUUCCAGUGGUAUCAAUGGAAGCAUGAAAGAUUUCUUUUUUACCAACAAUUCCAUCACCACCAUACACCCUUACGGCAUUUCAAUAUUAGCCACAAACACUUUUAUAUUAGACAAUAUCUUCACCUACUUAAAAAGCUAUGCUCUAGAAAAAAUCAGCCCAGGAGUCUUGAAAGUAUCUGAAAUAAACUUAGGCAAACUCAAGUUUAUUUUCGACUUCAGCAGAAACACGAUCAGUUUUGCUGACGCUGGCAGUUUAAGUCCUGACUACGUGUCCUACGAAAACGUUAAAACUGAGAUGGUGUUCAGCAGAAACAAGUUUUACUGUUCCUGUGAAUACCUUGGUUGGUUGGUCUCGGAUUUAGGGCACGGACCAAACACCUUGCAGCUUGACACUUUCUAUAAAAUGGUUUUGAAUGAAAGUAGCGAUAAUGUAUGUUAUCAAGGGUGUAAUUUGCCCGUAGCAGUUGUAAAGGAUAUGAUACAGUGUGGAAAGUGUUUGAAAAAUGUCACAAUUGAAAGUUUGUGUUUAGCUCGAUUGCAAAUCAAAGUUGAUGUACCAACAUUUGAGGCUGAAUCAAUAUCAACUUCUACAGAAUAUGUUACAAGUUUUGAGACAGAGGAAGCAGAAGAUUCAACAGAACAAAAUGAUUACACCAAUCAACAAACAGCUCAGUCAUCUACUUCUUCAACAAAAACAGGAAAUACAUUUUUAGGUUUAACUGUUGUAUUUUUGCAGUAUGUCAUUUUUAAUCACAAAGUUUAGUUUAGAAAGAACACUGUUUGUUAAUAUAACGUUAUCUGUUGUGUAUAUAGUGUCAAUUUAAAAAAAAUAUCUACUAUUAUCAAAAAAUUAGAAUGAUUUACUUUUGUUUUGGUUUAGACAUUUGGUCGUUAUUUUACUGUAUAUAUGUUUUCAAUCACAUUUUUAUGUACUUCCAGUUAGUCUCAGAAAUAUAGAUUAUCUUUAUCUAAUAACAAAACUAUACUUUGUUCACUCUAUCACGAUUUCGCACUAGUAGACAAGAUAUUCCACAGCAAGUUGCUCAGUACCAACCACAGAUUUCGAGAGUUUGCACUUAAAGAACGUUAAUAUAGACACGGUAGAAAGUUGUGCUUUUGUGGGAUUAAACAAUUUCAAAAAUAUCACCCUGUACAACAUAUCAAUAAAGAAAAUUCAAACAAAGGGCAUGUCAUUUCGACUGAAUCCUUUAGCCGAGUUUGAAAUGAUGAAUUCUAGUAUAAACGUCAUUGAAGAUAUGGGAAUUCAAAUUUAUACAGACAGAGCAAUAAUUUCGAAGAUUCACUUUGAUGAAAUUUUCUCCAGUGGUAUCAAUGGAAGCAUGAAAGAUUUCUUUUUUACCAACAAUUCCACCACCACUUUACACCCUUACGGUAUUUCUAUAUUAGCCACAAACACUUUUAUAUUAGACAAUGUCUUCACCCACUUAAAAAGCUAUGCUCUAGAAAAAAUCAGUCCAGGAGUCUUGAAAGUGUCUGAAAUAAACUUAGGCAAAUUGUGUGUGAAGUUUAUUUUCGACUGCAGCAGAAACACGAUCAGUUUUGCUGACGCCGGCAGUUUAAGUCCUGACUACGUAUCGUACGAAAACGUCAAAACUGAGAUGGUAUUCAGCAGAAACAAAUUUUACUGUUCCUGUGAAUCUUGGUUGGCUGGUCUCGGAUUUAGGGCACGGACCCAACACCUUGCAGCUUGAUACUUUCUAUAAAAUGGUUUUGAAUGAAAGUAGCGAUAAUGUGUGUUUCCAAGCGUGUAAUUUGCCUGUAGCAGUUGUAAAGGAUAUGAUACAGUGUGGAAAGUGUUUGAAAAAUGUCACAAUUGAGAGUUUGUGUAUAGCUCGAUUGCAAAUCAAAGUUGAUGUACCAGCAGUUGAAGCUGAAUCAACGUCAACUUCAGCAGAAUAUGUUACAAGUUUUGAGAUAGAGGAAGCAGAAGAUUCAACAGAACAAAAUGAUUACACCAAUCAACAAACAGCUCAGUCUUCUACAUCUUCAAGAAAAGCAGAAAGUAAAUUUUUAGGGAUAGCUGUUGCAUUUUUACACUAUAUAAUUUUUAAUCACAAAACUUUAGUUUAGAAAGAACACUGUUUGUUAAUAUAACGUUAUCUGUUGUGUAUAUAGUGUCAGUUUAAAAAAAUAUCUACUAUUAACAAAAAGUUAGAAUGAUUUACUUUUGUUUUGGUUUAGGCAUUUGGCUGUUAUUUUACUGUAUAUACCUAUG